CUCUUUUUUGCUUUCUGCCAUCGUCAUGAUAUGCAAGGAUGUCAAAGGAUGCACGUGGGAGCUUGGAAAACCUGGAGGGGCUUCUGUUGCGGGCCAGAAUGCAGCCGGGAAGCUUGAGGACUCCCCAGAACCUGCGGCACCAGAACUUGCAGGAUCUCGACGCGCGCCAGAUGGCGGAGGAUCUCUCCGCGGAUGCGGCGGCGCGGCGCCGGCAGCAGCGGCAGCAGCGCAGCCAGCAGCUGGAGGCCAAGGCGCUGGACGCUUACACCAAGUUUCAGGGGGCCCUGGCAGAUCACCAGCAGCAGAUGAAGCGGAUGAAGGAAAUCUCUGAGCGCGCUGAGCUGCGCCACGAGCGGCUUUCGCUUCUGGUCGAGGAGGCGAAUGGGAUGUUCUUGGAGUUCCAUCCGGAACAGCCGGUGAGAAGAAAGCCCAAGCUGCUCCAUGUGGACUGGCAGCCGCCUCGCGUCAUCGAUGUCGAUAUAGGGAGUGCAGCAUGGCCUGCACCGAGAAGAGUGAGCGUAGAAUAUCCAGGGAGUGCGGCAUGGCCUGCAUCGAGAAGAGUGAGCAUAGAGUAUCCCGGGAGUGCGCCAUUGCCUGAAUCGAGAAGAGUGAGUGUAGAAUAUCCGGUGGAGCCAAUCUGCCCAACGGAGCCUUUGGGCCGCCAAGGUCGGGCCUCGGGCUGGGAGCUAGAUCCAGAGCCCAUGGACCUGCAGGAGAUUGCAGGCUUGCGGGUGGUGUCAAGUGGAGAUCUGCAGCUCCCGAGCACGGUGCCAUCUGCGCAGGCUGUGAAGCGAGGCAGCAUGCUGGUGCCCUCGCCGCAUGUUUCCGCCCGCUUAAAUCCCAGCCAAGUGUAAAUGAUUUUUUGGACA